AUGGAAGAAGGCAACAGAGGAAGCCAGUUCAAGAGGAUCUGCGUGUUCUGCGGAAGCAACUCUGGCAAUAGAGAUGUCUUCAGUGACGCGGCUCUUCAGUUAGGGGAUGAACUGGUUAAGAGAAGGAUAGACCUUGUUUAUGGUGGAGGAAGUGUUGGACUAAUGGGUCUGAUAUCCCAGAAAGUUUAUGAUGGGGGCUGUCAUGUUCUUGGUGUCAUCCCGAAAGCACUGAUGCCUAUUGAGAUUUCAGGUGAAUCGGUGGGAGAAGUAAGAACAGUAUCAGAUAUGCACGAGCGUAAGGCUACAAUGGCCAAAGAAGCGGAUGCUUUUAUUGCUUUACCUGGGGGAUAUGGAACCAUGGAAGAACUGUUGGAGAUGAUUACAUGGUCGCAACUUGGUAUUCAUGAGAAACCGGUUGGACUGCUAAAUGUUGAGGGCUAUUAUGAUAGUUUACUAUCACUAUUUGACAAAGGUGUCCAAGAAGGUUUUAUCAAGCCUGGUGCUCGCAGCAUAGUUGUGUCUGCUCCAACGGCAAGAGAACUUCUGGAAAAGAUGGAGCUAUACAUCCCAUCGCAUAAACAUGUAGCUCCUCACAAGAGCUGGAAUAUGGAGCAAUUGGGCGAUUAUCCAACAAACCAGAGCACAUAA